AUGUCAAAGAUCGAUGUAGGCGAAUUUAAACGUAGCCAUAUUGAACUCAUUAAACAACAAGAACAGCACGAAAAAGCGUACAUUGAUGUUGAAAUGCUCAAUGCCGUGGUCGAUGAAGCAUUGUUCGAUGUAGAAUGUUUGAAAAGCGCGUCUAAAUUCUUUGACGAUACGACCUUAUUCGAACUACUGAAACGGUACAAAGAAACUGAAGUUAAUUCCUGGCUGCGACGACGCAUUCGAACCGAGGAAGAUCAGAUCGUUACCAAAAAACCACAAGCCAAAGAUGUUAUGCCGAAUCGAACGCUACUGGAAGAAGACGAACGGUUAUUGCAAGAAAUGGAAAAAAACGAUGAUGUCGGCAACCACAAAUAUAUUAAUCCAAUUGUUCCUAAACGACGCAAGUUCGUGGCACAGAACAAUGCACCGGGUGCAUUGCACGAGCUAUAUUCCAACUAUACAACACUUAACACACAGACGCCUUAUUUUACGCCCAGCACUACAACGCCAACCGGAUCACUGUCAACAUCACCAACUGUAUCACGACAGCUGCAACAAUUGUCGUCAAAUUCGUCUUCGCCGUCGUCGUCAUCCACGCUUUUAGAUACAGAAGGCAUGAGUCGGCUUACCCGCAUUUUACAUCCUGAACUAGUGCUUCCUGGAUUAAAGCCACAAGAAAGUAACUCGACAAGUUUUGGAGAAGCGAAUGCAGCCGAAGAAUUAGAAGAGGAGGAGGACGAUUUUCAUACGGCUGUUGAUCGGGAUGUAACAUUUGAGCAACCGCAAGACUUGGAUAAUCCUGAUAUUCCGAAAACUCAGUUGACACGUUUAUAUAUGGAUAUGGCAGAGCAGAUCAAGACGAGUCCGCUACAAUCCUUGAAUCCUGCACAUAUUGUGGACUUGCUUCCAAGACAACGAGUUCCACUUAAUUAUGCAAGCUUUAACAGAGUGAAGCACAAGAUCAACGAUAGCAAAGAAAAUAAAAAGACAAAGAAACAGAAAAAGGCAAAGGGCAAACGAGCCCAGACAGACGAUUUUUCGGAUGAUGACGACGACGACGACGACGACGAUGUUGAUGAAAUUGGAGGAAUCAAUGGACCGGAAAGCGAAGAACAAGAACAGGAAAUAGACUUGACUAACGAAGUCAUUCUUACGAUUGCUAUUUAUCAUCCGCGAAAAGCUGACCGCCGCGUUCGCGAAUUCAAUGUAUUGGGCUCCCAGAAACUAACCGAGCUUCGUGACGCCAUUUAUUGCAUGAAGGACUUUGCAGCGAAUCGCAACCGGAAAGACAAGGAAACAGAAGGGGCAAUACUCAACACAAUCAACACGAAACUGUCUGCCAGUUAUCUUUUUAUUGAAGAUGUGUUUUACGUCGAUACGCGUGCUGAAAAGGCUGGAUUGGACGCUGAACCUGAUUAUAGCGAGCCCAUACGGAAAUGGGUCAUGGAAAACGAGCGAUACAAGCAGGAGGGACUUGCAGAAUAUACCCGGCAAUCGAUGGAAGAUGUUACGUUUGAAGAGUUGCAGAUCAGAAUCAAUCAUCCAUACCAAUUUUUGCAUCAAGACGGAUGUCAACACGUGAUCAUGGUUCGUGAUGUCCGAAUGCAAUGUAGUCAAGAUCCCAAAAAGCGCUCCGAGUAUCCUUAUACGACAUUUAAUUCACAGUACAUGCGUUUCAAGUGUUCCAUGUGCUCAGUAUACCCAGCAGAGUUCAUGACGACUGACGACAUGAUGAGUGGUUCAUCACCGUGCUUCUUCUGUCGAAAAUGCUACGGGCCAUUUCAUUUCGAUAAAGAUGGAAAGCAGAUGUUUCCGUUUUCUGUAUCCGAGUAUUUUGGAACAUAUUAA